AUGGACCCUGUCGUGCUAAGCUACCAAGACAGCCUGCUCCGACGCUCUGACGUGUCCCUCCUCAAAGGACCCCACUGGCUUAAUGAUCAAAUCAUCGGAUUUGCUUUUGAGUACUUUGCCAGCGAGCGCUUCCGAGUACUAGGGGAGAGCGUCAUUUUCGUCAGCCCAGAGGUCACACAGUUUAUCAAGUGUGCCUCCUGCCCAGAGGAGUUGGCCAUGUUUCUUGACCCUCUGGAGCUGGCCUCACGUCGUUGGGUUUUCCUUGCCGUCAAUGACAAUUCUGACCAGAGUGCCGGUGGGUCGCACUGGAGCCUUCUGGUAUAUCAUCACAAGUCCAACCACUUUUCUCACUACGACUCUCAACAUGGUAGCAACUCUCCGCAUGCCCAACGUAUUGCUAGCAAAUUAGAACCCGUUUUGGGUGCAAAGAAUAAGGCCACGUUUGUGGAAGAACCCUGUCCUAAACAACAGAACAGCUAUGACUGCGGCAUGUAUGUCAUUUGUAUAGCUGAGGCAUUGUGUGAGGACCCACAACUGGCUCUGCAAACUCUCACUCCAGACUUUAUUAAACAUAAGAGAUCAGAAUGGUUUUUAUUGAUCCAGAAUCUUGCACAGAAGUAG